AUGAGUGAGUCUGAAGAAAUAUUAAAUAGAAUUAAAAGUUAUAGAGGGGUUGUAGGAGUUUUAGUAGUUAAUAAUGAAGGAUUAAUAAUAAAAAGUACUUUUGAUCAACAACAAUCUGAUUUACAUGCGUCUUUACUUACACAAUUAUCGACAAAAGCACGAGAUAUAAUAAGAGAGCUUGACCCACAGAAUGAUAUAAGUUUCUUGCGACUUAGAUCGAAGAAACAUGAAAUAAUGAUAGCACCAGACAAGGACUACACUUUAAUAGUUGUCCAAAACCCAUAUGCUGACAAAGAUAAAAAUUAA